AAGGACUCUGCGGUCAUGGGUGCAGGCCUCCUGUGUUUUCCCAGCCCUUGCACCAAUCUGGAGCAGGCCUGCUGUUCUCAGGACUCACAGGGACACAGAGUUGGCUUUGAAGAAAUCUCUGCUGAGGUUGGUGAGCUUCAUGGAGAAACUGAGAAGAAGCGAAACCUCAGCAAGCUUUCUCAGGCAGCCUCAGAUGACAGUGAUGUGUUUGGGGAGGCAGAUGCGAUCCAGAACAAUGGGACCUCGGCUGAGGACACAGCGGUGACAGACUCCAAGAGCACAGUGGACCCAAAGAAUGCCUGGAAGGGUGCCCACCCAGCUGACCCAGGGAGCCGCCCCCACUUGAUCCGCCUCUUUUCCCGAGAUGCCCCGGGGAGGGAGGACAACACCUUCAAAGACAGGGCCUCAGAGUCCGACGAGCUCCAGACCAUCCAAGAAGACACAACAGCAGCUUCCGAAGGCCUGGAUGUGAUGGCGUCACAGAAGAGACCCUCUCAGCGGCACGGAUCCAAAUACCUGGCCACAGCAAGUACCAUGGACCAUGCCAGGCAUGGCUUCCUCCCAAGACACAGAGACACGGGCAUCCUUGACUCCAUCGGGCGCUUCUUUAGCGGUGACAGGGGUGCACCCAAACGGGGCUCUGGCAAGGUACCCUGGCUAAAGCAGAGCCGGAGCCCUCUGCCCUCUCAUACCGGCAGCCGGCCUGGGCUGUGCAACAUGUACAAGGAUUCACACACAAGAACUACCCACUAUGGCUCACUGCCCCAGAAGUCACAGCGGGCCCAAGAUGAAAACCCUGUAGUCCACUUCUUUAAGAACAUCGUGACACCUCGCACACCACCUCCAUCUCAAGGAAAGGGGAGAGGCCUGUCCCUCAGCAGAUUUAGCUGGGGGGCCGAGGGGCAGAAGCCAGGAUUUGGCUACGGAGGCAGAGCUUCCGACUAUAAAUCGGCUCACAAGGGAUUCAAGGGGGCCCACGACGCCCAGGGCACGCUUUCCAAAAUCUUUAAGCUGGGAGGAAGAGACAGCCGUUCCGGAUCUCCCAUGGCCAGACGCUGAAGCCCUCCCUGCUUAGCCUUCCCGAAUCCUGCCCUCUGCUUCUUAAUAUAACUCCCUUAAACUUUAAUUCCAUCUGCACCAACUAGCUAGUUAGAGCAGACACCUCUAAUCCCGUGGAGCUGUGCACAUGGUGGGGUGAGGCCCACGGCACCUUGACUGGUUAAAACCACUCAUCCCUUUUCAUUUGAAGAUUGAGUUUCCUCAGGGUCUUCUCAGCCCUACACUGUUCUCCGUGCACCUUGAUUGACUCCGGAGGGCCAGGUGCACGGAUACCUCUCCAAGUUCACCCCAACUCCAUCCUCGGACUUUCUUUUCGCUGUGAGGCACACCCCUCCAGCUUCCGUGGGCAUUACGAACAGACAGGCACACUGCCAAGGAGCCAGAGAGUGUGGCGCAGGAGACUGUGUGAUUCAGGCUUCCUUUGUUUUCUUCCCCUAAAGAGCUUUAUUAUUCCUAACAGGAUCAGACAGUCUUGGAGUGGCUUAUACACCGGGGGCUUAUGGUAUGUGAGUGCAGGCUGGGCAGCUGUGAGAGUCCAGAGUGGGGUGGUCCUGGGGACACUUCCAGGCCUGCUGCUCCCCACACCCCACCAGCUGAUUUCGAGCGUGGCAGAGGGAAGGAAAGGGGCGAAUGGGCUGGGCAAUGGCCCCAACGGGAAAUGGGAACUUCAGAAAAUGAGGCACUGGGGAUGCCACGUGUGGCCGCUGAAUGUCACUGUCUCGCCUCAGUGGCCUCCCAGAGCAGCCGCUAUCAAGAACCCUGUUUCCUCUCAGAGCCCAGGGAGAGUCCAAGAACAUGAUACAUCUCAGAGUGGGACUUCAGGAGUUCUCUGGUGGCCUUGCAGUGUCACUCUGGCUACCUCUUCUGUUGGGGUGGCCAGCAGCAGUCUGCCAUGGCAGUGCCCACUGGCACACACUAACCUCAGUGAAAAAAUAACUAUCCCCUUGCCUCCUAGAAAGACUCACCCUCAGCCAAUGGCUUAGGAACGUGCCAGUCAUUGAGUCGCUAACCUGGCCUGGGCGACACUUCAGGGACCAAGAGCUCUGAGUCCUACCCUUCUAAUGUCCAUGGACAUCGUCCCACCCCUCUAACCUACUGACUCUUGCCUUUUGAUUUAGCAUGUCUUUUAUAGACCUUCCAAAGAGCCCCACACUGGCACCAUCGUCCCUUAGAAGGAAGGUGAGGAUGAUCAAAGUAAGACCAAGAUGCAACUUGUUAAUCCUGUUCUAAUUCCAAGUGUAGCGUGGGUUUUAAGGUAACACCUAUUAAUAUAUAGCCUCAACAAUGAGAGGGUAAGAGAAAAACAGGGAAGAAAAUUCCAGAAAUAAACCCUCCAGAUUGUUCCACAGGAGCGCUCGCCCUCUGAUGCAGCUGAAUGACCUUGCUCACAGCUUCAUCCAGACAGCAUGCGUUUUGGGAUGGGACCAUAGGAGCACCCACUCUUAUUGAAUAUUGAAAUAAAAUAAUAAACUUGCA